AAAAAAAAAAAAAAAGAAAAAGCUCCCUGUUCACUUCUGUCUAAUAACAGUGACAUCUUGAGGCUGCUGUUAAUGCAACAUACCUCCUCUCUGCUCCACCUACAAAUUGCUGCACUGUUUCCCUCCCUCUCUGUCUUUACAACAGAAAUGCGGCAGAGCUUGAUCUGACUUGUCCUGUCUGCUUGGAAGUGUCUUCUUGCUCCUCUGGACUUUGCUGAGGUCGUCUCUCUCUCUCUCUGUCUCCGUGAUAUGGCCAUUUCCAUUUCUGUCCAGUGUCUGGGGCUCAUCAUACUCGCAGCAGUCCUCCUGCAGACCAUCGCGGUUGCCAUCAGUUGCAUGUACUUCAACAAAGUCCUGAACACGAUGCAGGAGAGUUUUUCCCGGAGCAGCGUAUCCUGCCUUAUAAACGCGAACCCGCCCUCCGAACUCAAGGACCCGGCAGCGGAUGGCAAAAAGAGCGACCCCUGCUGGCAGGUCACGCAGCAGCUCCACUACCACAUAGAGAAGAUGGCUGACAGAUUCCAGAGUGAGAUAUCCACUGCUAUGAGAAAUAAGCUGACAGGAGCGCUGCCCGUCUUGACCCCCGGGGUCCGAGGGGUCCCUCUCCCUAAAGUCGCCGCCCACGUGACCGGCGUUGCCUCCUCCACCGAGCCCCCGGCGGCAGAGAAUGAGGGCUCGCAAGGCAGCAGGGGCUACAUGGGGGAGCGCAUCAGAGCGUGGGAGGGCCAGAGAGGCCUGUCCUUCCUGCAGAACAUGGAGCUGAGGGGAGGGGAGCUCCUGGUGCCCAGAGCGGGCCUCUACUACGUCUACGCCCAGACCUACUUCAGACUCCCCUCCGCGGGGGAGGCGGAAGGGGACGCGAAGGAGGAGGAAGCGGCAGCGGAGCUUGUCCAGUACAUUUACAAGAAGAUGAGUUCCUACACGGUACCUAUCCUGCUGAUGAAAUCGUCCCGGAGCGUCUGCUGGCUCCGGGGCCCGGAGCCCGGCCUCUUCUCUCUGCACCAGGCCGGCAGCGCCUUCCUGCAGCCCGCCGACCGCCUCUUCGUCACCGUCAGCAACGCCAGCGCCAUGGAGAUGGACGGGAGGGCGAGCUACUUCGGGGCCUUCCUGGUGGGCUAAAAAAAAAAAAAAAAAGGAGGCGGAGGACCUGGACUGAAAGCGAAAGAGGCAUUAGCAGAGGUGGACCCUAGUGUCGGGGGGUUUGCUUAGUGAGUUGGUGUCUGAAGGUGCAUGACUGAAGGGGCUUCUUCACGGACCACGGAGCAGCCGCGGUGGGACGCGCUCAGUCGGCCAAAACAACACAGGAGAGGAGCCGCUGUCACGCCCUCACGCAGGAUAUUAAUUCCGUUUUUAAGGCUGGUGAACAGAACUGCACCGUGAGACGGUAAAACACGGAUUACGUGGUGCAUUCAGAGGACGUGGGACUCGGAGCGCCGCAGCGGAUCAAAUGCCGCGUUCUGCCUGCAGGCAGAACCGUUAACGGAAGAGGAGGAAAUGACGGCGGCGUCGGACACAUGACACAAGUUUUUAUAAAAAACAAAAAAACAAAACAAAAAAAAACGGACAAGAUUUUACUUGUUCAGCAUUAUGAAUGAAGCUAUUUUAUAUUUUUUUACUGUUUAAUUUCCUGUGCCUUGAAAGAAUGCGUUGAAGGGAAGCCCUGUGACCCGCGUAUCUCGAUACACUCCUGCAGUGUGCGUGGUUUGACAUCCAUCCUCAUCCUCUCAUCACCUACAGAUACAAGUAGUAACGUCGCCAGCAAUUACUGGGUGAAUAGGAAUGAAAAAUGUGUGGAUACAUUUGUGGUUUCCAGGCAAUAAAUCCUGCCCCUGACGUUUCCCCUAGUGCCACCAUGAUGUUUGUGGUUUGGAGUGGGAUGUCUGAGAAACUAUUGAAUGAACAUGUUCAGACAUAAUCUCCUCAGGGUAAACUGCCAUAACGCUGGUGUCACUGUGUCAGGAUGUUAGCAAAUGUUAGCCUGUUAGCAUGUUGUCAAGCUCCCCUUGUUUUAAUGGUUUUUUGUCGAUUUAAUUUACUUCGAAGUAACCUGUAACAAUGUUUACACUUCUCGGUCUAUUGCAGUGUUCAGUUAAUAACCUUAGAUGGGCUGGACUUGAAUGCAACAACAACAAAAAAAGACACCGAACUGAAAAAGUAAAAAACUAUCAUUUAAUUCAUGUUGUAUUACAUGUUUCCAUAAUAUGGCAGUGAAUGUUUCAGCAAUAAUAGUCACUCCUCAAACAAGAGUUUUUACAUUAAAAAAGAAAGAAAAAAAAAAAAAAA